GUGCAUAAUUAUUUUAAGAAACGGGCCCUUUUACUAUGAACUCAUUUUAAGAAACUAUUACUAUAUACAUUUUGCAGUGUUCCGUGCAGUGUAGUACUAGUCUUGUUGGCAUCUCCCCCGUCUUCCUAACGUCCGACUCCAUACACGUACUUUGUGUAUUGCUGCACUACCUCCUACUGAUUCACUGGUGUCGCUGACGAUGGGCCACCUAAGUAACGACGAGUUUUUCGUUCGGCUCUCUGAGCUCUUCGACUACAGGAAAGGCAAAGACCACGGCUCCAUAACCCUGGUGCAAAAACGACUCUCAUACGAUCACCCUCUGCCAGACGCAACGGGCGAUGCCGUCUUCCCCGAUCUGCACUCCUCGAGACCUAUGCCCAUCCUCGUCAGGGCGACAAAUUCCAAAGGCAAGGAGCGGCGCCGAGAUAGGAUCAAGCUGUCGACGGUAGUUGAGCCUGCCUGCCUCCCUGUCUUCUUUGACAAGUACGCCGAGGUAUGCAAAUCCGGAAUGACGACCUUGAAGCCUAGGGAUCGGAGCAAGAGGAAAGGGAAGGCGAAAAAGAGACGGGGGGCAUCUACAAUCCCCGGUCCCUGACUGUCUGGUCAGACCUGUAAUCCUCAUCGGCUAUCGACUCGUCCGACCCCCCCCCCUACGGUCUAGCUCUUCCCUCAGUAUAAGUCUCGGUCCUGGGAGUACAUUGGAUACUGUGGUUCCGCCUCUGCGUAACGCAUCGCCCGAAUCCUUCCACCACGGUAGCAUAUAGAGGUCUGACAGUUAAGAACAUCGCUAUAGCACCGCUGUGCAUUGUCCAUCUAUCGUCAUGAGAUACCCCUCUUGUAGGAAGCUCGAUCGCACCCCUGUCUACGCACAACACAUCCCCAAUAGCUACAACCGAUAGAUGAGGUUGGCCACACGCGCUGUCUCUGGAGCACGAUUGCAAUAGUGUCAACAUCCUCCCACCGAAGCCCCCUCUCCCGUCUAUUCUUGUAGUAGUAGCUAAGGGCGCAUCCGGCGUCCUCUUCUAUAUAGCGGGUGAAGGAAUGAAAUGCCUGCUGACUAGCUCCGCCAGUCGUAAUUUUGUAGUCGCUCCCGUCAUCCUCUCUUAGAUACAUCUUCCACUGGCCCGUGACAUUAGCUUCUCAUUCUCUCCUGUGUGGAUCGCCUACGUACAUAGACAGGCUGCCUGGGCGCCGGCUGGCCAGGCCCUAGUUCCUACAAACGAUAAGCUCCUGGUGCGCCGACCACAUCCACUUGCCGGCAAUACAUUUUUGCCGGUGCAGUUCCGCACCUCGUCUCCGUCAAGACCGCCG